AAAAACAGAUAAGUAAAUCGCCCACAAGAUAACGCGUUUAUAUGUGUUUUACUAAGCCGAUGUUAGUGUGUUAUAAUUCAGCUAAACAGACAGUCACACAUCCUAUUUGUCGAGUCAAGCAAACGCCGAUAAAUGGCUUUUAUUCAAAUUUAUUAAGCAAAGAGAAACUCCGUGUUAGUUCACAUGCGACCAGGAAAGUAACUACGAGAAGGUUGCUAGGUAGGCUAAUGUUUAGCUUUAAUCAGCGGAGGUUCGCACUUUUCCACAACAGUUCAGAUGGCUGUGCGCUGGCUAUGCAGCCUGUUUGGGAAGCCCUUUGAUGGUGGGAAAAGGAUGGACCAUGGCGGCCCACAGCAGCAGCAACAGCAUCCGAUGGAGCAGCAGCAUCAGCCGUAUAAUCCGCAGCACCCUGCCAUGAUGCGGCUGUACGAGGUCCAGAAGGAGGUGGCGUCUCUGGGGCCUCAGGUCUGCACCUUCAGCGGCCUGCAGAACGACCGUGACUACAAGCGUCUGGAGCGUGAGCUGACCCGUCUGCUGCUGGAGGUGGACCAGGUAGACACGGAGGGCAAACCGGAGCUGCAGGGGGCACGAAAGAGGGCAGCACAGGAGGUGGAGGGCCUCCUGCGGUACCUGGAGGAGAACGCCACUCAUCCAUCCCGUCUGGCCAUCGAGGAGCUCAGCAACGAGGCGCGGCGGCUGGUGGACGAACGCGUGGUGGCACCUCAGCGUGCCGGCGGGGUGGCUGAAAUAAAUGACGAGCUGGUGGAUGCCCUGCAGGAGCUCGUGCUGAGGCUCACCCAGGUCAAGACCGAAGGGAGGGUGCCGCUCCGCAAAGCACGUUACCGGGCACUGACGCGCUUGUGUGCCGUGCAGGACGUGAUCGAAGGGCGCACGCAACAGCAGACCCUCUCCCUGCCGCUGUCUGGGGACACCCACGAGGCCGUGCACCGCAUCAACCAGGUGAUGGUGAAGGUGAGCGUGGCCCGCGGUCAGCUGGUGGCUCUGCUGAUGGGCCUGAGUGGGAGGGACAGCUGCGCCCACCUGUCACGCAUCCUGACGGAGAUGCAGGUGGAGCUGGACGCUCUGGAUGUUUCUGGCAACGCAGCGAUCAGAAAUUACAGGAAACAGGUUGUGGAGGAGAUAAACGGGCUGCUGAAACAUCUGGACCUGGAGGGGGAGGGAGACGACACACGCAGGUAUGACCUGGCACAGAACAACUCCAUCCGUGAGAUCGAGGCCGUGCGAGCUCACGUCUCCCACCUGCGAGAGGGCGUCCUGCGACACUGCGUGAUGGGCGACCUCAGCUUCAGACCCAAAGCCGAGCUGCAGAGCCUCCUCACGCACCUGGACCAGGUGGACACGGCCAAGAACCCGUGCAUCCGAGAGGCCCGCCGCCGCGCCGUGGUGGAGGUCCAAGCUGUCAUCACCUUCCUGGACCUGCGCGAGGCGCUGGCCCGCCGCCAGCCGGGCCCCAACGAGCACCCGUCACACCGGGCCGUGUGGCUGGUCCUGGGGAGCCUCUCGGACCUCCAGGCCCAGGUGCUGGGCUUCGACGGCAAGCGGGUCGACAAGAGCUACAUGAUCCUGGAGGAGCUGCUCACCAAGCAGCUGCUGGCGCUGGACGCCGUGGACCCGCAGGGCGACGAGACGACCAAGGUGGCGCGGAAGCAGGCGGUGAAGUUCGCCCAGAACAUUCUCAACUACCUGGACAUGAAGACAGACGAGUGGGAGUAUUAAUUCAAUAAAAACACGGAUCACAGUGUGGGAGACGUGGGAUGAGACACCGCUGCAGGAAAGAAAGGAGCUGAUAAUGUGUGUAAAUAAUAUUAAAAAAAAAGAAAAACUGGUACGUUAUCGUUCCAUGGGCUGUAUAUAUUGACUCGAAUACCCAGAAUGCACUGCAGCAGCGCUUUUCUUUCGUCUCUGUGUGGUAGUCGUGGCGCACCCUGCUGAGAAGUCAACAACACAGAACUCCUUUUGUGAAACACACUUUCAAAAACAUUUUUUUGUGCUUUGACAAUUUUCUUUUUAAAAUCUCUGAUGUGUGCGUGCGUGCGUGCGCGUGUGCGUGUGAGCCGUCCUUGUUGCCGUAGCAUCCGAUGUGUGUGUGGUUGUUGAAGCCUGCUGCCAAAGCACUGAUUAAUGCCUGUUAAAGUGGUCGUAUCCGUGUGAUGGAUCGCUUCCGCAGUCUCUUCCCCGUCUGGCCCGAUUAAUCGGAGUGUCAGUUGCUAGUGGAGACGGCCAAUGCAUGUUUUAAAUACAGUGACCCGAUUAGGGAGAAACGCCCACUGUGACCGUGAGACCAGGCCUCGGUCCAGGUUGUGGUACCUGUUGGUACUGAGCUGGUUUUGGAUGCUGGGAGAGAAAAACAAAAACUAAUGUGGUCUGAUUCUGUUUGGUAAAGCAGAUGGUCUGAACAAAUGCUAAAUGGAAAAUGAAUUAAAAAUUAAUCUGCACCGAAAUUUGCUUUUACACAAUUGACAAAGAUUUUUUUUUUGGGGGGGGGGGGGGGGGGGGCAGAAGUUUUAGAAACAGCAUCACAGGUGAAACUUUAGAGGCGGAGCCAAAGCAAACAGCAGCUGGUACUGAAGCCAGGUAAUCUGUGUUUAAACAGAUGUGAUCACAGAGAUCACACAGUGGGAGUUUGCAUUACUGAUGUAAGGUCACUCUCUACUCCUGCGUGACCCUGUUUGUCCCCUCAGCAUUUGGUCCUUGUCUCUGGUAGCAGUCCAGUCCACACCACCGUGGCAAACUCCCCCCAAAACCCCGGGAACCACAGCUGUCGUGGGCAGACGGUUCAAGGAAGGACGAACGAAUAAAGUCGAGCCUCUUCACGGAAGCGUGGAUGAAGGAGGCGGGAAACUGGAGGUGUUAUCUCGGGAGGCAGCCUGCCAGCUGUUCGCAGGAUGGUUCAGACGAUGAAAGUUUCCUUUCCGUUCGCCGCUUGUGUAGCUGUUAGUCUGUAAUGUGUUUCAGAUGUUUGUUGUGACUUCGUGUGAUCGCACUCGUCUAUAAAUGGAUCAGGUUUGAAUUCAGAGACAGGGGAGGCGAGAUUUUUUGCUGUUGCCGCUGCUGCUUCGGGUUUUUUGUUUGAACUGACGGAGGACCGUGCGAGGUCCCUGGGGAGAGGGAGAGGAGGCUGAGGCUGUGAUGUCCUCUGGAUUGACACAUCAAGGCUGAAGCUCACAGGGCCGACAGUCGGGAGUAGUGACGGUGAUCGCAGUCGACAGAGCCUUCUAGAAACUUCUCGGAGCUGCUGCUGCUGGAGACGGUGGGAGGGAGGGAAAGGACUGGAAGAGAAGUCCAAAUCUCGGUGCCUUUUAUUUUCACCCUUCCCUUUGCACCGGUUCGAGUGAAGGCAGCCGUGUGGUGCAGCGGCCGGACUGAGACCAAGCAGCCGCUCGUUUCUGAGACGCAUCCAUGCACAGGAGCGAGCACACUGAAGCACUGAAUGUGUUUGUUUAUGGAGAGCACCUUGGCCGUUAUCGCCACCAGAAAUUUGCACUACUCAUCAGAAAAUUGAGGCUUUUUCGAUUCAGUAUUUAUUCCCUGAUAAAGGUGGCGCUGCCGCGGUCAGUAAUUAACUCAGACCGACAGCAGGCGAUGAGAUGAGUCACAUUGUGCUUUCACACUGCAGAUAGCCUCGAUGAUGGAGCAGCUCUGAGAGCAAUUUGGGAAACAGUCGCCGAAAAUCACCUCACGAAACUGAAUAAUUAGCUAAUUAAAUGACUUAACAGCUUCCGGAUGAGGUCGUUUUUAAUCUCUGCAGAAGAUUUCGAAUUUAAAGGCUCAUUCUUCAUCCUGGAAACAGCAGUUAACCAUCAUCAUCAUCAUCCUCUAGCUGUUCUGGAGCUUUCAGUCAUAUCACGUGAUCCUCAUUUUGGUCGUAGAAGUGUACCUGUUCAAACCAAAGUUUGACAAAUUUAACGCAAGAGAAAUUUCAUGUUAACAUGGGAUCAGCUGUAGGUCAGCUGAACCCAGUCUCUCCACUCUGACCAGGGUCAUUUCCAGCUGCAGCAGGCAGACACAGCUAGAGACCAGCGGGUGAACAGAGAGGAGCAUUCAGCAGCUACAGAGCCGGACAUUUCCCUCAGGAGCUGGUUGAGACCAAAAACAGAGCUAAAAACGAGGCAAUGCUGGAUUCAGAUUCAUCAAAUGGACAGAAACACGACUACAAAUCAAAGAUAAGAUUGUUCUGUCUGUCUGGGCUAACAGUCACUUAAAGCAGGACUGAGGUCAACACUGACCUGAACACCUACAUUUCUGUGACAGUUCGGCAAACUUCAUUUGUCACUUAAGAUCUCUAACUCUUUAAUUUAAUUUAGUAAAAUAGAAAAGUUUCUCUUGCCCGCUGCAGGCAGUAAUGUUAGUUAUAAAAUCCAGUAUGUGAUUAAUUAAUCAUAUCAGUGGGAAUUAUUAUCAUUACAUGUGCUGCUUGGAAGCACUGAAGAAAAUGUUAUAUAAUAAAUAACUACAAUAUACUGUCAGUUUUAUCAUGUGAAAUGAUAGAAAUGUCCAGAAAAGCUGCUUAGUGGACUUUUAGAGGUGAAAGUCCAGUUUCAUUCAGUUUGCCAACUUUCUCAUGCAUUAAAAUCACCUGAGCAGAGGAACAGGAAACUAUUGAUCUCAUCUGAUUGGAGCAACGGUUCAUCAGCUGAGAGUCCCUGCGCUUGCUCCGGUUGCUCGCAGUGUGAACGCACAACAAAGGUUCAAAUGUCGUGACGGUUUCUGAGACUCACGUUGUUUAAGACUAAAGCAACAAAGCUGGAGCGAACCUUUAGGUGUUUGUUGCUCAUCCUAGCUGCCUAAAAAGUUGUCCUGUGUGUCACUGCUUUCUGAAAACACAAAAACAUGUUCGGUGAACUCCCACAGACCCUUUUUAUCUGCACGAAGCUGCUAUUGGAAGCGUUUUCUGGCACAAAGCCUGCAGCUCGGCCUCCUGGGUGUGGAGCUGACUCAUACGGGAGAAAAUUAGAUUAAAUGGCGUUCGUCAGUCUGCCUGGCUACAGAUGCUUUCUCACAGCGAACCUUAUGCUCUCUUAGACCAAACCAACCCGGACACACCUUAAGUUCACAUGCUCCUUUUUGUAUGCAGUAAUUAAUUAAUAUAUAUAUAUAUAUAUAUACAAAAUGUACAUUUAGUCCUGGCAGUUCACCACAUUUCUGAACAUUGCUUCUUUUUUAAACAUCCGUUUGAAUAAUUUAUCAAAAGUUUUACACUGUAUAAAGAAAUUUUACUUGGAUCUUCUGUCUAAUCGUCUCAAAGCCUCUGUGGUUUUUUUUUUUUUUUAUGAAAUAUUAGUGGCGCCUCCAUGAGUGGGCGUUCUGGCAGCCAUACAGAUUUACACUCUGUGGUUCAUAAGUACAAACUUAAAAGGGAGGAUGGCAGAGAGGUAAAGCACCAUUUUCUAAAUGUUUUGCUGAAGUCGAGGUUUUUGUUGGAAGCUGUGCCAGCAAGAUGGAGCGAGUAACACUUCAACAAGAGAUUUAGGUAAAACAGACCAAUUUCACUUCUGAAUUCAUGGGAACUUUAAGUGAUAACUGUUCUAAACUCCAGAGCUGCAACAGUUAUUUUUUUAUUCUCCAUUAAUCGGUCCGUUAUUGUUCUUGAUGAAUCGAUCAAAGGAAGCCAGGAGAUAUUCACAUUUAGAAUUUUGUCUCGUUUUCUAAAAAAAAUCAAAAACAAAAAAGACUCAAAACAAUUCAUCGAUCAUCAAAAUGGUUUCUUUUCAAUUAAUUGUUGCAGCUCUGGUAAAAUGCAUGUAACGUCUUAACAAAAUAAAAGCAGGCAGGCAACUUGAAGGAGGUACAAGUAUUUACAGUUAUCAUCCCCUGCAUGAGUGUAGGUCUCCAUAUUCUAUACGUUAUUGUGAACAGAUCCCAUGAAGAGGUGCUACACGCCCUGAUAUCGCUGGCAUUUGACUCCAGAGGGGACAGUAGAUUCAAGACUGACAAAUGGGUUCAUGUACAAUAUCCACAUUCAGUUAGUUUGUCCUGUUAUUAUUCUGAAAACUAACUCCAUGUGACAACAGUUCAGUCCUGCAGGUGUUAAAGCUGCUGUACUGCUUUUUAUUAAGUUAUCAUUUCUAUGAACGGGGAUCAUAAAGUGAUCAGGAAAUACAUUAACGGGUGGUCUGAAUUUAAUCGGUCUGAACCAGUAUUCAAACCUCCAACCCUGAGCCAGGAUACUUAGAUAUUCCAGCUCCUGCUGUCUGUGUUCACAGUCAUCUCCACAGACGCUGUGUAUUCCCUCAGCACACAGCUGGGCCGCUAAAAGCAGCUCAGGCUCGUCUGAACUUGGUGGCACUGGAGUCCAUUAGUCGAGAGUUUAAAAGAUUCAGACCCAGUGGGUAUUUAAAGUCUGCCGUCUGACUUCUAUCAGCCCUUCACAGGACGAUGCUUUUACACCGAACAACAAAAGGGCCGAGCAACUUCAGCAGAUUCAGAGGUUUCAAAGGUCUGAUUUUCCUGCCGUAGGUUGAAUGUAGUCACUGAGGAAUGUUUCGUCUUCGUAUCUCAUUGAACCAAAGUUAAUUUCAAUAAGGUGAAAUCAGCUGGAAAUCAGUAUUAUUCAUCAAGAACUGAGAUGGCAGCAGAAAGGUGUGCAGAGGGAGGAGAAAUCUGGGAGAUGGGCUGACAGAAUCUGUAUUUACAGUGAUACCAGCUAAAAAAAAGUUCUCAGAGUUCAGGCAGAGUUUAACGACCAGCAGCCAGCUGCAGCAGCUGAAUCACAGAAAACUGGCUGCUUUGUUCCGUUGCACCAUCUCCACUUGCACCACAGUUUAAGUCGACUGUUUUCAAAAAUUUGGGCAUCAUCUUCACAUUCUUAUCCUAAAUUUCUCACUUUUUUGCUGUGGAGUUCCAAGUUGGAGUCACCGAACCAAACCAGCACAAACUUGUAGUAAAAUGCUUAUUGAAUUAAUGCUUGUGAGAUUUAGAGAUGGCUGAGGGUUGAAUCAAUCUUCUGUCUUAUUUUAAUGUGAGCAAAAAUGACGACAAACCUGAAAACUUUACGAAAGCAGAAAUUUAGCAGAUGAAAAAAAAAGAUCUUCCUUACUGAGCUUUGGCAAAAAGUUCUUUCAUUGAAGCGCACUUUUCUAUGUUCCUUACUCUCUGUUGGUUAUUACUGCUUUGCCUUUCUUUAUGCAAAUAACAGGAAUUUGGUCUGUGACAGAAAAGUUAUGGGGCUUUUUCUUUUUCCUCAAAUACAUGUUUUCUUAAGUCGCCUUUAACUGCACUGAUUGUGACAGGCUUUUGCUGUUUCUCCUCCAAGACACGCUUGUACAAAAAGCACACUGAGACUGGAAAAAAAAAAAAAAAAAAAAAAAAGCUGUGUGAAUGCUCUGUGGAUGGUUGUGUUUU